AUGUCGGGUGUAGUGUUGUCGGGCCCUGCCAGGCGGGACUGUGGCCUGGGGAAGUGCUACGAUGCCGUUAACGAAUGUGGCAUGAAGUACGGCGGCUGUUGGACUGAAUGUGCCGGCGGCGCCAUGGACAUUCCCACCUUCACAGCUCCACCAUGUUCCUCUAGCGCCAGCUCACCUAUCGGCGUUGAUGGUGGCUACCCUACGCAAACUCCAGACUCUAUGCAAGACAUCCCGUCAUCCACAAAUAGUGACGCAGUAGCUUCUAUCACCACUCCACCUUCCUUGACUUCGAUAGUUGCUACUCCCACGGGCAUGAACGCUUCCAGCACCUGCUCUCCCCUUUGGCUAUGUAUCGAUUACAUAGCUGUUUGCGGUGAAGUGUCUCGGAUGUGGGGCGGAUGCUACGAUACUUGUACCUCUGCCCCGCCGUUUGAGUCUCCACCCUGUACCCUCUCGUCAACCGCCACCGAGACUGGCUCCGUUGCCGAGACUGGCUACGCCACCGAGACUGGUUACGCCACGAACGCUCCAACCCAUAGACCCGGAGAAGCCUACACCGAAAAGUCCGCUUCUGACAGCGUCAGCCCUGCUAUAGACGAUAGCAAAGCUCUGGUGAUGGCGGAGAUGCCGAGCUCUUCAGACUCUACUCCCGCUCCUGAGGCAUCAGAGACCGCCGCUCCCGACGCGGGUGAAUUCAGGAUAGUUGAGCAGACCAACGAGCCCGCGCCUGCAGAUGCAAAUAUCGUAGAAGCGCCUGCUAUUCCGGAGGGGGGCACCAUGAGAGGAAACGCCAUCCUCAAGCUCAUGGCCGACAAGGACAGGACCCCAAAUACUCCAAAUGUACCUUGCUACGAUGCUUUCUGCAAGGAAGCCCAGCUUGGACCAUCGCAGCUGCCCGAGGCAUAG